GAGAGUGAGCAACAGACAGAAAAAAAAUCAAGAAAAACAGUUAAUACAUCCAGUUCAAGCCCAAUGGCGGGGAAACAACAAAAUGUCGACUACAAUAUAGUGGAUGGCAAGCUGCGUGGCAGGCGAGUGGGUUCAGAGACUCAGACAGUUACUGUAGAAGACUCCACACGAAGCAAGAUCACAAUCUCGACAGAAAACAGAUCUGUCCGUGACACACCGUUGGCUGAACCAGAAGCAAACCAUCCAAGGAACCAGAAGUACGACUCUAAAGGUAGCGAACAUCGUACUACAGACAUCAACAGAGGUCCUGGGGCUGCAGCUCGGAAUAAGGGAAUAGCGUCCGGAUCUAUAAACGAUCGCAUCGGCGAGAUCAACUUCGGUAAGAGUAGUAAAGAAGAAAUUGAAUGGAGUCUCCAAACUGGCGGGAAUAUAAACAUAGGCAUUGCUCCGGGAGCUGACAAUGAAGGCGAGAAGUCUGGAAGUAUUAAUGGCGGUACGGGAGCUAUCAAUAUAUAACUUAUGGUAGUAAUUACUUAUCAGCAAUUGUUGCUGCUUAUAUUUGUAGCCUAUAUAUAUAAAGGCCAUAAAAAAAGAAAAAGAAAAAAAAAAAGGUAGAAUCUGCUGAUAUGUUGAGUAUGUGAUGUGCUGACGAAUGUACCUGUGUGUGCUGCUAAGAAGAAGGGUGUGUACCGUGUGGUAUCUGAUUAAAAAGUAAAGAGGCGUGUAUGAGAACUAUGAUGUAAUGUAUUUGAUGAGUUACCAUAGUAAGAUAUU